CAUAUAUAUUCAAAGAUGGAGAAUAAUUUCGUCCAUACGAGGCCAUAACAAUGCCUUUCAGCAAGCUGGUCCUUCAGUUGAAUCCAGCCCAGUCGCAAAUUUCUUGGCUUUGCAGACUUUACCUUCUGUUACAAAGGGUCUACGAACCAGAAGGAGAGGGAGGACGAUGAUUCCGGAAACUCAGUAACAUCGCGUUGUAGGAUCUCAAACAAGGUAACAAUUCUUCUUUCGUAUCUCCUAAAUAAACAAGCUUUUCUCUCAACCAAAUCAAAUGCUUCGUUUAGUUUGCUCAAGGUUGCCCCAUAAACUAAGGCACAGACCUUCGAAAACUAGCCACGCAAACUUUUCCGCAACCUCCUCUCUCAUGCCCAUCUCCGACCCCCCUAAUUCCACGGACCCAAAAUCUCUUACAGUUUCUUUCCUUCAAAACUCAUGUGGGUUGUCCCUACAAUUGGCCACUUUAGCUUCCAAGAAGCUCAACAUUGAGAACGUAGAGAAUCCCAACUCCGUUCUGAAUCUGUUGAGAACUCACGGUUUGACGCAGAACCACAUCAUACACCUAAUUAGUAGUCGUCCGUUAUUACUUUUGGCCGAUUUAGGCAAUACCCUCAAGCCCAACAUGGAAUUGUUUAAAUCCUUAGGGUUCUCUGGCGCUAACCUCGCCAAAAUGCUCACCAAAUACCCAACUGUGCUAGAAAGUGAUGCAUACACUGCUGUUGAUUUUUUUAGAGCACAUGGUUUUAGUGAUAUGCAAAUAAAAACUUUGACUAUGAAGUGUCCCCCAUUGUAUACGUAUAAUGCUAACAAGAUUUUUAAGCCAAAGUUGGAGUUUUUCAAAUCGUUAGGCUUGUCAGAUCUUGAAAUUACAAAGCUUUUAUCUGCAUCACCUGAUAUUCUGCGAAGGAGCCUCGAAAAACAUCUCAUUCCGUGUGUUCAAGAGCUUAGGCGGAUUCUUGGCUCCGACGAGAAUGUCUUACAGGUUAUAAAUGCAUGCUGGGCAGUACUUAGAACAGACGUUGUACAUAAGCUACAGACCAACAUCGCUACUCUGAUAAGCCGUGGUGUUCCCCAGUCAUUGGUUUUGAAAUUCUUCGAUAGAAGAGCAAUGUCAUUGCUUAUCUGUAGCAAUCGGUUUAGGGAGAUUGUUAGCGAAGUUAUGAAAUUGGGUUUUGAUCCCAAUCAUCUGAAAUUUGUUCUAGCCAUUAUGUCAAUGGCACUAAAUAGUAAAACACUGUGGGAGCAGAAGGUGGAAGCUUAUAGGAGUUUUGGUUUGUCAGAGGGUGAGAUUUAUGCUGCAUUCAAGCGGCACCCCUUGUGUAUGUGUUGUUCGGAAAAGAAGAUCAAGAAAAUAAUGGGUUUCUUUGUGAACAAACUGAAGAUGAAGCCUUCGAGGAUCUCCAAGAGCCCGAUUCUUCUACUGCUUAGCUUGGAGAAGCGGAUUAUUCCGAGGUGUUCAGUUCUGCAACUUUUGAUGUUGGAGGGUUUGAUCAAGGAAGAUACUAGCAUCGUUUAUAUAGUCAAAAUGGCUGAGAAGAACUUCAUGAAGAGAUUUGUGAGCAAGUAUCAAAAUGAGGUUCCUGAUGUUGUUAGAGCGCACCAAGGGAAGAUAGAAUUUCAAGGGCUCCCCAUAGCCAUGGAAAUGUGACUACUUUGGAUAUAAUCAAAUGUGGCAUUGCCUAAAGAUCAUGAGUUCAGUUUUAGUUCAACAUGUCUACAGUUGGACGUUUAUCUUCGUCUGUGUUAUUUAAGGGUAAAACAUUUUGCGGAGUUGAUUCAGCAACUUUCUAUGGUGAUCUAUCUGUGUUAUUCACUUCAAGAGAAGCCAACCCUGUCCUUAUUUGUUUGAGCAUUUCAAAAGUUUGAGGCAAUCUGGUAUGUUUAGGUGUGGGAAGACUGUGUGGCCUGAUGAUCACAUAAAAUCUUUAUGUUUGUUUCUCUUUAGAUCUAAUGUAAAUCCACAAAUCCAAGCUUCGACUUGGAGUUGAAGUCAGUGAUCGCUCUGAUUGGAGUCAGACUCCAACUCUGAGUCGAAAGACAAGGAUUAUAAUUUAUAUUGUUUCAAAUACUUUCAGCAUCGCAUUCUAGCUAAUUUACCAUCGCUUCUACUGCCAA